AUGAAUUCCGACACGAAACUGAACAAUUUUCAAUUCAAACCCUAUUCCGUACUCUACGAGCAGUUGAUAAUUCGUUGCAGGACCCUAUAUCUAUUUGUAAUAUUAUUAGCAUUUGUACAUAUUUCAAUACAUCCCUUGCCUGCAUUAAGACGUGUUCGAAAUUCAUACACUAAUAAGAUUAAAGAAUUGGAUAACGACGAGAAAGACCUAUUUUUUGUUUCUGCGUACUAUUAUGGAGUGGGAUACAGUCUCUACAAAAACCAAGUAACACUAACCUUUAUCGCGCCUCGGGAUGCACAUUGGGAACGUCGUAAGAUUAUCGCAAUCCGAAGUGACGACACAAAAACCGUACUCGAACCACUUCAAAUUCACAGAGCAACUCCGCAUAAUUUAUGCAAAUACGUGACACUUGUGGGUACUAUAGUGCUUGAGGAAGAGCUCACGGAGCUGGAGCUUCUUGUGAAUGGGCAUACCGCGAAAAUUCGAUAUUUGCCGGCGGAUAAUAAGCCGAAGGAUUUGGUUGUAUGUACUCCGCCUAUUUAUAAUAAUGUUAGAUGGCAGAAUGUGUUGUUAGCUGCUCAUGUGUAUACUAGUUUCGGCGGCCAUCUCCAAACAUACGUGGCAACUACAAGUCGCCCGUUUUUCGAAUUUCUAGAAGAGUUGAAGCGUCUCAAAGGAAUAUCAGUUGACUCGUUUCCAGAUUUUUAUGGGAAAUCAAAAUUGGAUGGAAUUGAAUUCGGAGGUGUCACUGUUGCAAAUUCGGAUUGCCUGAAUAAAUAUAAAAGCUCGGGGAGCUUCAUCACAUUUCUCGAGUGGUCUGAUCUUCUCGUGCCGAAAUCGUUCGAUUCCUAUUUUUCCGAGUUCGCCAACUAUUACGAAUCAGAGAUAUUCGUCGGGUUAUUGGAAUAUCGGAAUGAAAGGGGCGUGGCAAAAGUGGUGACACGCCCAUCUUUAAUCGAUAGUGUUUGGCUCAAUGAGCCCGUGGAACAUCCGUACAAAUUGAAAAGCAAACAAAUGGAUGAUAGUAAAAUUUUUGAAAUUCCCGACUCUGCUGACGUGGAUUCAAUGAUACGUGGCAAUUUUACGGGCGGUGAAGCUCUGAAAUCAGCGGAUCGUGUGACAAUUGGCAUGUCGAUAAGGAAAACCAUCACAAAUCCCUCAAUCACCGCAAUUCUGGGCCGUCUUCGAGAAGAUCACUCUACAAUAAGAUGCUCAAAGAGCUUCACCACCUACUACACCGAUUCGAAUAGUCUCAAUUGCCCAGGAGCACAUUUGUGCAGGAAUAAAGCGACAAAAUACAAGUUUAGCUGUGUCAAAUCGGAUUUGCAGUUCAAAUUGUUGAAGUAUAACACGAAUUUUUAUCAGUUGAGCAGUUCGAAGGGGUUUGAAAAGACUUUUUGUUAGGUUAUUUUCAAUUUUGUAUUUUUUUUGUUUUAUAAAGUUUUAUUAAAAUUAUUUAUUACAAAAUAAAGAUGUUUU